ACUAAACGAAAUCAAAAUAUUAAGUUUGUGCAAUCAGGUAGCUUGAGACUGAGAAAAGUGCAGAGUCAACUAUUAUCUUCUGAAGAUGUUUCAAAAACCUUUUCGAGUAAAGACACAGACAUCAAUUAAAAGCUCAGACAGAAAAAAGUUGCGAGCUGAUAUUUUGAAGCAGUUUUCUGUCCUGACUGAAUCCGACGUCACAGUUCUGGUUCCUAACAAGGAGGAGAUGAGCAUUACAAAAAUUAACACCUCAGCUGAUGAAAACAUCCUUGUCUACUUCACAGGGAAAAAUCCAAUCUUUUUUGAAAAUUUUAAAACACUAUAUCCCACAGUGUACACCCUGUGGCAGUACCCAAGCCUCCUCCCAGUAUUCCGCACUUGGCCGCCAGUCUUUGAAAAACUACAGAAGGGUGCAGAUCUUAUGCUACCUGGUGUGAUAUCUGAUAAAGAACCCUCCCCAAAGAUGUUUGGGAACCUAAAGAAAGGUGAUUUAGUCUGCAUCUCCAUAGCUGGGAACAAAUCACCCUUAGCCUUAGGGAAGGCUCUACUCAGUGGGGAGGAUAUGUACAUGUCAGCCAUGAGGGGAAAAGGUGUUCAAGUACUGCACAUCAUGGGAGACAAUCUGUGGGAGUUGGGGGACAAGUCUAGGCCACCACUGGUGCCUGAGGAUGUUCCAUCAGUUGAUGGGGGAGAUGGUGAAGGGGAGGGGACGGAAGGACAGAGCCCCCCUACUGGGGAUGGUGGACUAACUGAGUUGGCUGACGGUGUUGUGGGGUUGGAGGUCGGAGGUGAUGACAAGACAAGUGACCAACCAGUUGGGACUGCAGCAAACAAUGAAUCAUCAGAUGUGUCCAGUGAAGAUGAAGAAAAGGUGGAAGAAGAAGAUCCAAUAGAUGAAAUGGACGAGCUGUUACAUUUUUGUUUUGCUUGUGCGAUCAAAGCAAAAGUACAGAAGAGUGAUCUCCCUUUGUUGACUAGUCAUUUCUUAAGGAACUUUAUGCAGCCAUACAGUGGUGGCAAGCCUAUGGAUUUGAAAAACUCUUCAUUUAAGAAGUUGUCCAAGUUUCUGCAGUCCAAAGUUAAAGAUGGCUACAUCAAAAUGAAAGAACAGACCAAAGGUGUGGACGUCAUUACAGAGGUGGACAAGUCACACCCUGAACUACGAGACGUCGUGGUCCCUGAGAUUGAGGAAGAGACCAAAAAACCUGGCCAGACAGAGGACACGGCCUUCACCCCUCUACAGUUCACUGACGUCUACCUGGUGAAUGCUGCCACUUUGGACCUGUUCAAGGAUGCUAAGCUAGGGAAAGGUGACGCGCUGUUGAUGUCAGAUGUAAGACAGCUAGUGACAGAUUACAUCAAAGCUAACAACUUGCAGCGUGAAGAGAGGGGCAAGUCUGUGAGUGUAACACUGGAUCCUGUCUUAGCUCACAUAAUUUUAAAGCCCUCAGAAGGUGACCUGGACCAUAUGAGCUGGGAGCAGGUGAUCAACAGGGUGGUGGGGAAGAUGCAAGCAGCUGUAGCCAUCAGCUUAGGCUCUGGACCUCCAACUAUCAAAAAGGGAAAACUGGACCCCAUCAAACUGGACGUGGCCAUGAGGGCUUCACAGAAAAAGGUGACCAUUGUUGAUAACCUUGAAGAGUUUGGCAUUGACCUGAAGACCUUUGCCCAGGUCGUGCAGAAGGCCGUGGCCUGCAGCUGUUCUGUUGUGGCGUCCGAGCAGAAGAACAAGGGUCCUCAAGUUGUGGUCCAGGGAAACCAGAUCAAUUUUGUUUACACUCUCCUUACAGAAAAAUAUAAAAUUCCCAAGCGACUCAUCACAGGCAUAGAGCUGGCUCCCAAGCAAAAGAAAAAGAGAUAAUGAAGCUUGCAAAAAUUGUCUAGACUUUUAUUUUAUCAAUUUGAAUAGAUUACAAAAAAA